AUGCCAAGACCAGAGUUCUUGGAACAAUGGGCCCUGCGCAGAAGCUGGGAUCCCUUGGGAAGCAUUCAAAAGCUACUUUGGCACCUGGCAUGCUUUGGCUUGCUUGUGUACCUCCUGCCCAAGCGACUGGUGACGAAAGCUGCCACAGAAAGCUGCCGUCCCGAAGAGUCUUCAGCACGGGUCUCGCCGGUCUUGCCCACUCUGAGCCAUUUGUUGGAGGUGCCGGACGUCUCGCACGAGCUCACGAGGAGUUUGGGACAGGUGGCUAUUGGACGCCUUGGAGUUUGCGGCUCUUUGCUGCAGAAGUCUGUGGCUUCUGCCCUGCAGAACUUGCGGAAGCAGUGGGAGAUCUUGGAGCCAGAGAUCUACUUCUUCAGCGGGCGACCGGGCGACGUCGGCGACGUCUUCCUCUCCACGGACCACGCUGCGUCCUGGGGCUCGUGCGGCGCGUUGCCGGUGUCUCGUUGGGCUGCAUCCGCGGUGGUGUUGCACCAGGAGAUCCUGGUGAUGGGCGGCUUUACUGAGGCAGGCGAUGUGGACCUCACUGACGCGCUGGAGCCCAUGUCCAGGACCUGGCAGCGCCCCCAACACUUGCAACUCACCUUCCCGAGAUCGGAGGCUGCUGCAGUGGUCAUGGAUGGAGAGGUCUACUUGGUGGCCGGCACCAGCUGUGGCGCAGAGCUGUGCCAGGUAGAGCGACACUCUGGAAGCGCCUGGGGUGCCUGGCGUCCAGCGUCUUCCUUAUCCAUCCCCACGUCCAGCUGCUGUGCCUUCCGCCUCGCGCAAGACCUCUACGUCCUGGGCGGCCGCAGCCGCGGUCUUCCCCUCCGCGCCUUCGGAAGGUCCGUCGCCGCCGGUCCCUUUGCGCCGCUGGCGCCGGCGCCCACCGCGCGCUGGGGCGCGGCAGGGGCCACGGUACAGGGGCAGAUCUUUGUGUGUGGCGGCUACAACGGGGGACUUCCCUUGGACAGCCUGGAAUGCUACGAUCCCUUGAAGAACGCCUGGGCAGUGCUGCCCUGUCUCCCAACGCCCCGCAAGAACCUUUGCUGCGUGGCCGUGUCACCCUGCAGUCUCUACCUGCUUGGAGGCUCCAAUGGCCUUCAACCCACAGGCGUUGUCGAGGCCUUCGAGCUCGCGCAGCGACCCUCGGGCGGCGAAGCAGAAAACGUGGGACCUGGGCCGUGUGAGAAACCACAAGCACUGCGGCUGGUGGCGGUGUUCUUUUUUGGGUGA